GGCGGGUUGUUUGGGGAGCUGUCUCAGCCCAGGUUGAGCCCUGGAGGAGUAGGAGGAGGAGGAGGAGGAGGAGGAGGAGGAAGCAACCAGCAGCAGUUGGUGCCGCAGCCGAUCCAGUUUGGGUUUACUUCUGAGCCGCGGCGUCAGCAGCAGCAGCAGCGGCAGAGUAAGCGGGAGGAGGAGGAGAAGGAGAAGGAGGAGCAGGGGGCUGCUGCGGAGGGAGGGCCCGCACGGCCGUCUCGGUCGGCUUCGCCACCCAAGCCGGCGCCGUCUCCCAAGGCAGAUGCGGUGCCGGUUCGCGCCAUCACGCCGCCCGCGGCAUCCAUGUCGGCCCCCGCAGCGCAACAGCCGGCAGCAGCUGCGGCUGCUGCUUCAGCGGCGGCGGCUGAGGAGGAGGAGGAGGAGGGAGGAAAGGUGGAGCUAGGAGAGGAGGAGCAGCAGCAGCAGCAGGAUGACGACGCGGUGGCUCAGGAGGCGGCCCAGCAGGAGCAGCAGGACCUGGAGGCUCUACCGGAACCUGACGAAGAUCCACAGCCCCAACCUGAGGACGAGGAGGAAGAGCUGCUUCCUCCUGCCACUGCUGCCGCUUCCGUCCCUCCUCCUCCUCCUCAAGAGCAGCAGCCAGAUCAGCAGCAGCAGCAGCCAGAGGCCGAGGAGCAAGAGGAGGCCGAGGUGGAGGAGGAGGUGUUGGUUUUUGAGGAUGACGGCGGCUACAUCGAUUUCGCGCUGGCCGCCAUUAUCAACUCCCUGGAGCCGCAGUACGAGGCCGCCGUACAGCCGGGCAGCUUCACGGUGGCCGGCUGGGAGAUCGACCAGCAGCUAGAGGAGGUGGUGCGAGGAAUCGCCUCCCCGGACCGGGGCAGUCGGGGGGCGGGAGGGGCAGGAGGGGGCUCGAGGGCAGGGGCGCGGACGGGAGGGGGGCCGGGAACGCCGACCUUCAUCCGACUGUCGUCACCAGCGGUGCGGGCUUCUAGCAGGGCCUCCUCCAAAGCUGCUGCAGCCGCUGCUGCUGCUGCUUUCACGUCCAUGCCACCGGCUUUAAUGUCAUCCUCGCCAGUGCCGACAAGGUUUGCCACCGAGACGGCGGUGUCCGCCCUGCCAUCGACAUCUGAUGCGGCUGCAUCGGCCGCUACCAUGCAGGAGCCGCUGGCCCAGCCCCCCUACUCCUCUUCAUCGUCAUUGCCGGCACCAUCAACGUCAGCCGGCGUCAAGCCGCCCUCCGCUCGCAGCAGGACGAUACCUCAGCCGCCGCCUCGCCCGCCCUCCACCAACAGGGACAGGGACUCGAACCUGCAGCCUUCGGAGCCCCUUGGCAUGCCGCCCAAGCCGCCUUCGUCCCGGGGGUCAUCCCGCAUCCCUGCUCCGCCUUCUGGCAGCGGCGGCGCUAGCGCCACCACCACCACCACCGCAGCCACCAGCAGUAGUAGACAGGAGGAGGAAGGAGAGGAGGCAGUGUCUUCGUCCACACCGCGUAUGCAGGAGGAUGGUGAGUCGCAGCCUUCAGUUGCUGCUGCCAGCGGAGACGCUGCAGAGCGGCGGCCGGACCCGGCCAGUAGUACCGACUGGGGCGGAGGCAGCCUACCUCAGACUGAUGCGGGUAGCGGCAAUACGUCGGCCGGCGCGGAGAACCUUGGCACCAGGUACUCUGGGAGAAGCCCCGAGCCGGACAGCAGGGACGUUGAUACACCCGGUCAGCCGCCUGCGGACCAGACCAUGCAGCCCAGCAUGCCGGGGCCUGAUGCGGAGGAACAGCGGGCGCAGGAUGCAGGGUGGAGCAGCAGCAGCAGCUUCCCGAGGGGGCAGCAGCCGCAGCAGCCUGCAGCGUCUGUGCCGGGUGGGAAGGAGGGGCCGCAGGAGGGCGGGGAAGGAGGUGUGGAGGAAGGUGCGGCGGCAGUGCCGGGUCUGCUGGAGGGCAUGCCGUUGCCGUUGCAGGGGCCGCUGUCGUCACGCGCGAACCGGGCUAGUUUGCGGUCGUCAGGGCGUGGGAGUGGGUCGAGACCUGGUAGUGCCCUGGGGUUACCGGCUUGAGGGGUCUGAGCUCGACUGAGCCGCAGGGUUGGGGGAGGGGGGUUGUGGAGGCGUGUGGGAGCGUACCUUGUGGAUGUCUGGGGCAGGGGUGCAGGGAAUGUGGGGCUGGGGUUGGCGGUCGUAGCUGCCGCUGGGUGCUUUGGGCGGCUGAGGUCCUGCAGCUUGCUGAUAAAUACAUGCGCGUGUGUACAUUGCUAAUGCGGCAGGCAUGGUUGACCUGCGGUGUAUGGUUAUGCAGGCGUAACGCUGUUGGCUGGGAGUGCGUUGUGUACAGCAUACGGUGAUCAGGCCCGCUUUCUACGCAACACCGUUGGGUGCUGGGAGGGGGCGGCUGCAUGACUCACAAAGCCCAUGGCUACUUGUAAUGGGAGGUGCACACGUGCGUAGUGGUAUAUGCAUAUGACCUUGUGAGGUAUUAUGUUGCUGGAUGACUAGGGUGGUUGUUUCAUGCUGCUGUGUUCCCCGGAACCUUAAUCACGGCAGUUGUGCGCGCAGCUGUUGCGGGGGCUAAUGGAGGGCAGAUGGCUCAGCAGCAUUUUGGCACGACGCGUCUUAGCAUCUGUGUCUGACAAGGGGCCGAGCAGGCCCCUUUGGAGAGCCCUUAUGUGGGCUUAACCACCUAACCUUUGGAACCAUACGUUGUGCAUACCCACCGUGCCUACUGUGACACGUCACAUGCCUGUUGUGACGCGCAGUUGCCGUGUAGUUGCGUUGUAGUGGGCUGCAUCGUUGUUGUGACUAUCCUGACUAAGCAGCAUCUUGCAUGGUGGAUACCGAGUGCUCUGGCAAUGUAGCGGUGUCAGGUAUAUGAAGUGGCAUAGGCGCACGGGCGUGUUGGAUAAAUUCGUGAUACUCUCUUUCACCCCUCACAAGCUACCUAGGGUUAUGAUGGCGUCUUUUCAUCCGCGUAGUCUCAUCCGCUUGGCCUCCUCCACAGAUGCUUUUCUGAGGGGUCACAGCUAGCCGUUGUGAGCAGUAUUCUCCGCGUAUCUGGUUGGAGGAUUGCCCGGGUAGAGCCAAGCGACUUGAGCCUCUGGGUUGAUAGUUACAGAGUCUUGUGGGCAAAAUUUUGAUCUUGGCGCCGCUUGGGUCGGUCAAGAAGAGCCGCAAGAGCCGCUGCUAGCCUGCUGCUGCUUUGUUAGGUUCCAGUUGGGACCCAGGCAAACCACAGGACACCAGUCGCCCAUCACUCCAAAACAACGUAUGGGACGGUACGACACCCCAAAACCUGGUUCACACGUUGGGUAUUAACGAAUGAGUACCGCGGUAGGUAUGAAGCGUGAGCACAUAAGGUGGUACCGUUGUCGUGGAGGAUGCUGUUGUCAUGGAUGUAUCGUUAAAGCCUGCUUUAGUACAGUGGCACGGAUGGAUCCACUGUUUUUGAAUAGCUGUCGAUGCCGCCGGUGACGUUCUUGACAUUGGUGAAGCCGUUUUGGACCAGGAACUUCGUUGCAUGUACGGCGGGAUGGCGGGGUGGGCAGCAGGGGGAAACACAUCUGGUUCAGUUGGGUGUAUGUGCUUGGAAGAGGGUGUGUGGAUUCUUAUGACCCGGCUCUUCCGGGGCUUGCGCUUUUUUGGGUUUGGCGUUGCGAUAGGGUCGUGGGCUCGUGGCUUGGUGCACGUGAUAUGCCUUGUGCUACUAGCACACGUGCUGGAGGGGCGCAGACACCCAUUGUGAAGCAGGUGGUAUAAUUAUUCGAGGCAGGUGAAGGACGAUUGCAAGACGGCGUCUCUGCUUCAUCCCUUCGUGUCUGCAGAGGCUCACCCAUGGCGUGGGAUGGGUGUCACAUAACCCGUAUGGUGUGUGUGACAUAACCCUUGCAUUUAGAGGAUUAGACUUCGCACUUCAAACUGUGUAAAUAGCCUCCGUGUCCUCA